AUGACAUCAUUCUAUUCUUACCCGCAAGAUGCUGAGGUUCACAAGUUAAAAGAAUACAGGACGUAUGAUGAAGGUGACAACAAGGCAAUGAAUGAUGAAUGCCCAACUGAAAACGCAUGUCUAUCAGUGAAUAUCAAUGAUGAAGUACAAAGCAAUGAAGACAACACCAAAGUUGGGAUCUGUGAAGAUGAUUCAUGGUUUUUGGAAACAGAUACUGACUCAGACGAGUUCAAACCUGUUGAAGCUGUUGAUAUUCAAAAAGAAGUCGAAACAUCGCAUCAUGAUAAUAAUUUAAACGACAUUGAAAAAGAAAUCAAUCAAAAUAGUUUCGAGGAAGAAGAUUUAAACCACGACGUAACUAACAACAUUGUUGUAGAAGAUACUUCAUUCAGUUAUGAAUGUGGGUCGCAAAGUAUGUUCAAUGAACAAACAAUGCAAGUGAACAUAACUUCAGAAUUGCAGGAUAACUCAAGAUUCAAACUGGGGAAAGAUAUAAACGAAAGCGUGGAAACAGACAAUACAGUUCAGUCUGAUGGAAGAGGUGAUGAUCAUUCAGACGCAGGCGUGAAAGAAGUUUACCGAUUGGACUACUUGGAUUGUACGGAUGAAAAGCAUGAAACAAGCAACCUAAAUUUGCCAGAUAACUACUCAGAUUCUAGUAGUGAUUGUGAACUUGGCAUCCGAAGUUUCAAAAUAGAAAAUUUUAAAUACAAGUCCUCUAAUUUUGAGAAACCUGAUCCUAAGGAAAACAAAAGAUUGUUCAACAACACUCUAAUCAACAACAAAAUCUCAAGAUAUGUAAGCAACACUCUGCUUUCCCAAGUUCCAAAAAGAUCAGAUUGUGAAAAGAAGCCAGCUGAAUCUGGUAACACUACGGUAAAGGACGGGUCCCUGAAGAAGAAAGUUUCUUCGAAGACAUUUACGGUUACUGAAAACGUUUUUGGAGCCCCAAACGUCUUUACAGAUGAAAAUGAUGUUUACUCGAAUGGCAGUAUGAAUAGUCGAGUUGGCUUAGAACUAUCACACAAUGCUGGUUUUGCUGUUGAAUUUUCUGAAGAUAACUAUCCAAAGGAGGACAGACAUGAGUGUGAAUGUGCCAAGAGCAAUUGUUGUCUUUACGUUGUGGAGGAUGAUGAAGUUGAUCUUUCCUUGGUGGAAUCCUCACGGCCACUCUGCUCAGAAGCAGGAACCCAAGUUGUAAAGAACGAAGCAAUUUUUGAGGGACUCUUAACACCCCAAGAGCUAGACUCAGUAGAGACAAACUCGGAAAGUGACUGGCUGUACAAAGUUGACACACCAAACAUAUUACAAUCCACAAUGGCGGGUGACUCAGAAGAAGAAGUGAUUUUUACCAGAGAACAUCAAGCAGAUGAAAUGUACAGUGAAAGUUCUAGUGAAGAUUUUGCAAACCGAUUCUACAUUCAACAGUGGUUGAUGGAAUCUGAACAAUACUACAACAAUCGAGAGUUGAACCAAAUUGAUUGUGGAGACUCGAUUUAAAUAAAUUGAA